UCACUACACUCUUCACUCAAACCAAAACAAGAAACCAUACACAAAUAGCAAAUGGCAAACAAGCUCUUCCUCGUUGGCGCAACUCUCGCCCUCUGCUUCCUCCUCACCAACGCUUCCAUCUACCGCACCGUCGUUGAGUUCGAUGAAGACGCCACCAACCCCAUGGGUCCAAGCCAGAGAUGCCAGAGGGAGUUCCAGCAAUCACAGCACCUAAGAGCUUGCCAGCAAUUGAUGCGCAGGCAAAUGAGGCAAGGAGGCCGUGGUGAUGACGAGUUUGAUUUGGAAGACGACAUGGAGAACCCACAGAGACCCCAGCAGAUACUCCAGCAGUGCUGCAACGAGCUUCGCCAGGAAGACCCAGUUUGCGUUUGCCCCACCUUGAGACAAGCGGCCCAGUCGGUUAGACUCCAGGGACAGCACGGACCAUUCCAAGCUAGGAAAAUUUACCAGACAGCUAAGCACUUGCCUAACGUUUGCAGAAUCCCGCAAGUUGGCGUUUGCCCCUUCCAGACCAUCCCUUCCUCUCCUUACUACUAGAUUCGAAACAAAACCCUCUAGCGUAUGAGUGUGGUUGUUGAUACAUGUUAACAUCACACUUCAUCGUCUGCUUUAUGAAACUGUAACUUUAGGAUGUUUGAGGCUAAUGUAAUUAGCGCUACUCCUCAAUAAAUAAAAGUUUUGUUUAUAUA